UCCUCCAGGUUAACCUCCAGCACAGCGAAUCUGCAACGGCUCAACUUCGAAGAUGGCUGGAGGUUAACCCCACAUCAAUCGCACUGAUCCAAGAGCCGUGGAUCAGAAACACACGAAUAAACGGCCUUGGCAACGCCGGAGAGACGUGUGCGCCAUAAAACUCCUCAGAUCACAAAACUCAACCCUGCCAGAGAUAGUACUGGCGUCCACCUACAUGGCGGCGGAGGAUGAACCACCUCCAGUGGAGAUGAACAACCUCAUACGCUAUUGCGAACGUGAAGGGCUGGAGCUAGUCAUCUCUGCAGACUGCAACGGUCAUCACAACCUAUGGGGAAUGGAAACCAACAACAAAAGAGGCACAGGUCUGGCUGCUCAACAUGUGUCCAACUGGCAUGUGUCGGACGAGGCAUCAUGCUCCGAUCACAGAUGGAUUCGGUAUGACCUGACAGCCGACAAGCACACAAUCAUACCCAAAAGAAACCCGAGGCGCACGGACAUAACGGCGUACAAGAAACUCCUAGAAGGUAAACUAGACGAUAAUACACAUAUACUCAGACCAAACAACACAAAGGAACUGGAAGACCAGGUAAACCUACUAACAAAACACAUAACUGACUCAUACGAAAACACAUGUCCACUGUCGACACCAUCAGCUGCAGGGAAAAACAAAGACACAAACAGCUGGUGGGGACCGGAGUUGGAACAAAUGAGAACAAAGAUGAGAAGACUAUUCAAUAGAGCAAUGAACACAAAAGCUGAAGAGGACUGGGAUAGAUACCAAACAGCUAAAUCGGACUAUAAGAAAAGACUAAGAUACAAAAAAUCAGCCUCAUGGCGAAAUUUUUGUGACAAUAUAGCUAACAUAAGCCAGGCAAACAGAACGAGGAAAGUACUCGCAGACCAACCUAGACAACUACUGGGCACCCUAAAGAGACAGGACAACACCGACACCGGUAGUCCAGCCGAAACGGAAAGACUGCUGGUGGAGACACACUUCCCAGGAUGCAAAGUAGUCAAUGAAACAGACUCAGAACAAACAAAUAACUACAAUCCAACAGAAAGUGAAUGGAAAACCGCUGAACUAAUUACAGAACCCAACAAAACUCACUGGGCGGUAAACAGCUUUGAAAACUUCAAAGCACCAGGAACUGACGGUAUAUACCCAGCUCUGCUGAAGUGGGGAGGACAUAAAGUAAUAAAACAUCUAUCAAACAUACUAUGUAGCUGUAUAGCACUCAGAUACAUACCGCAGAAAUGGAGGGAAGUAAAAGUAAUUUUUCUCCCCAAACCAGGCAAAACGGACUAUACAGAUCCUAAGUCAUUCAGACCAAUUAGCCUUACAUCCUUCAUGCUAAAAACACUGGAAAGAUUAUGUGACAAAGAGCUCAAGGAAACGGCAUUGAAGAACAUACAAAUCCACCCAAACCAACAUGCCUACAGUCAAGGUAAAUCGACAGACUCAGCACUACACGCUGUAGUUAGCAACAUAGAAAAUGCGCUAACGAUGAAGAAUUCUUGCCUGGGAACCUUCAUUGAUAUAGAGGGAGCCUUUGAUAAGACCAAUUUCAGCAGCAUUCAACAAGCACUACAAAGACACGAAACAAAUCCACUCUUAAUUGAAUGGAUAAUGAAUAUGUUAAGACAAAGAAGAAUAAAACUAUCCGAAAAUCAAGACCACCAGGCACUAGUUAUGAGGGGAUGCCCCCAAGGAGGGGUGCUGUCGCCACUACUCUGGAACUUGGUGGUAAAUGAUUUGAUAACAAAACUGAACGAAAAGCACUUCAUUACCAUAGGAUAUGCAGAUGAUUUAGUCAUACUAAUCAGCGGCCUGGUAAUCAGUACACUGUGCAACCUCACACAAACAGCACUGAAAAUAGUAGAGAAAUGGUGCACGGAGAAUGACCUAUCGGUAAACCCUAAGAAGACCGACACAAUUCUCUUUACACAUAAACGGAAAUUGGGUAUAUACGAAAUGCCGACACUAUUUGGCACACGACUGACACUUUCAAAAGAGGUGAAAUAUCUAGGCAUAAUCCUCGACGACAAACUCAACUGGAGCAAACACCUAGAACAAAAACUGAGCAAAGCAACAGUGGCUUUCUGGCAAUGCCGGAGGAUGGUGGGCAAGAAAUGGGGGCUUGCUCCCCACAUCAUACUGUGGCUAUACAAAAUGGUAAUAAUGCCGAUGAUCAGCUAUGGUGCUAUUGUAUGGUGGCCCCGCACCAAGCAAACCACGGCGAUAGACAAGCUGAAUAAAACACAACGACUAGCAUGUGUAGCAACAACGGGAUGUAUGAGAACUACUCCGACAGCAGCGUUAGAAAUAAUGCUAGGACUCCUACCCCUACACAUAUAUAUACAAAAGGAAGCUGCAGCCACGGCCCUCCGACUGAAAGACCUAACCCUAUGGACAAAACUUAACGCGACGCACAAAAUAAUAUAUAGCGACAUGAUCUCAAAAAUGCCGAUGCUAGAAGCGCCAGUGGACAAAAUACCCAAAACCACGAUCUUCUGCAAAAAAUAUACGACAUUGCUAACAGAAGAUCCAAAAGAAGGACUAUACCAAACAAAUCUAAGAAUAUUUACAGACGGAUCAAAAACAAAAGAGGGAACAGGGUGUGGAGUCUUCUCAGAAGACUUAAACAUACACAUAUCCAAACCCCUAGGUGAACACAGCACGGUAUUCCAAGCUGAAUGUGUAGGAAUAAUAGAAGCUUGCAAUGCCAUAAAGAGACGUCAGGUAAAACAUGGAAACAUAAUGAUACUAUCAGACAGCAAAUCAGUGCUUCAGGCACUAGAUAGCCCAAAACUUACCUCGAAACUAAUACUAGAAUGUCAUCAAAGACUCACUGAAGUGUGCGAAGAGGACAACAAAGUAACAAUACAAUGGAUAAAGGGGCACAGUGGAUCAAGAGGGAAUGAUGCAGCGGAUGAACUGGCCCGAGAAGGAUCAGCCAUACCUGCAUAUGGACCCGAACCCAUCAUAACCCUACCAGUAUCAUAUAGGAAAAACCAACUUAGUAAACACUACAAACAACUACACAACAAAUACUGGGUUGAGUUAGACACAUGUAGACAAACCAAAGAAAUUCUUGCUGAACCAAAUACAAAACUUACAAAAAUCCUACUCAGAACUCCCAGACAGCAACUGCGCAAACUAGUAGGAUUAAUGACAGGGCACAACACACUGAACAAACACCUCAAUAACAUAGGUAUAACCGAUAGCCCCAUGUGCAGAGCGUGCUUGGAAGCAGAAAAACCACCAAACACUUUCUUCUAGAGUGUAAACAGGUAGAAGUAUAUAGGAACAAGUAUCUAGGUACGCCAAACACACUGAAGGAGGUAUUUAGCAACCUGAAAACACUGCUAGGAUUUGUAGAGGAGCUGGGGUGGUUAGAGUAGUGCUACCCCGUCUAUUUCACGCAAAAUAGGCACAAUGGAUGUCGACUUGCGGAAAAUGCCCAAUAAAACUAACUAACUAACUAACUAAUCGUCCUAGCCGCACCUGCAACGUCAUACUUCGC